AUGAGACAAUCUUUCCUCACCGGCCUUCUGGCCGCUCCCCUGUCUGCCUACGCAGUCGCCCUCACUGGCUACGAGUACAUCGUUGUCGGCUCUGGUGCCGGCGGUGGUCCUCUGGCCGCUCGUCUGGCCAUGGCUGGCCACAAGACCCUCCUCAUCGAGGCUGGUGAUGACUACGCCACCACCAACUACACCGUCCCUGCCUACUCGGCCAACGCUUCCGAAGACCCCGAGAUCUCUUGGAACUUCUUCGUCAAGCACUACGCCGACGAUGAGCGACAGGCUCGUGACUUCAAGACCACCUACGACACUCCCGACGGAGAGUACACUGGUCUCAACCCCCCCGCUGAUGCCAAGCUCAAGGGUACUCUGUACCCUCGUACUCAGGCUCUCGGUGGCUGCACUGCUCACAACGCUCUGAUCGCUGUGUACCCUCACCAGUCUGACUUUGAGUACAUUGCUGAUCUCACUGGCGAUGACUCUUGGUCCGCCAAGAACAUGCGAAAGUACUUCGUCAAGGCCGAGGACAACAACCACCUUCUUCCUCUUCAGCCUGGCCACGGUUACGAUGGCUGGUUGAGCACCGAGACUGCCCCUCUCAGCAUCCCUCUCGGCGAUGCUCAGCUCAUGAGCCUCCUCGUCGGCGGUGCCACUGCUCUCUCCGAGGUUACCGGUGAGCUCCUCACCAUUGAGACCCUCAUUGCUGGCGAUGCCAACGCCGACACUCUUGCUCGUGACCAGAAGUCCGGUUACUACCAGAUCCCCCUCUCCACCAAGUCCGCCAGCCGUGUUGGACCCCGUGAGUUCAUCCUUUCUGUCCGUGAUGCCAAGUUCGACAACGGCACCAAGCGCUACCCUCUCGAUGUCCGCACCAACGCCUACGUUACCAAGGUUCUCUUUGACGAGUCUGAGAAGACUCCCCGUGCUACUGGUGUGGAGUUCCUCGACGGCAAGCACCUCUACAGCGCCAGCCCUCUCUCCACCGGUGCUGCUGGUGUCGCCGGUAACGCUACUGCUUCUCGUGAGGUCAUCGUCGCUGGUGGUGUCUACAACACUCCCCAGAUCCUCAAGCUCAGUGGUAUCGGACCUGCCGAUGAGCUGAAGAAGUUUGAUAUCCCCGUUGUUGUCGACCUCCCCGGUGUCGGUACCAACCUCCAGGACCACUACGAGAUCAGCGUCCAGGGCAACACCCCCGAGAACUUCACUGCUUUCGACGGUUGCACUUUCAGCCUCUACACUGAUGAGGACCCUUGCCUUGACCGCUGGAGGAAGCCUGUCCUCGGUGACCACGGUAUCUACUCUUCUUCCGGUCUCGCCGCCACCAUGUUCUACAAGUCCACCACCGCCGAGAAGAACAACUUUGACAUCUUCGCUUUCGGUGGACCCGUCAACUUCCGAGGUUACUUCCCCAAGUACGCUGUCAACGCCACCAUCGACCACGACUUUUUCUCCUGGGCCAUCCUCAAGGCUCACCCCCGCAACACCGCCGGCAACGUUCUCCUCCGCUCCGCCGACCCUCUCGACACCCCCGCCAUCACCUUCAACUACUUCGACACUGGCAACGGUGACUCCGACAAGGAUCUCCAGGCCAUGUACGAGGCCGUUGAGCUCGCCCGCAAGGCUUUCGCCAGCCAGCCCGUCAAGACCCAGGAGACUCUCCCCGGUGACCACGUCAAGACCCAGGAGGAUGUUGAGACUUACAUCAAGGACAACACCUGGGGUCACCACGCUUCAUCCACCUGCCCCAUUGGUGCUGAUGAUGACAAGAUGGCUGUCCUCGACUCCAAGUUCCGUGUUCGCGGUGUCGCCGGUCUCCGUGUCGUUGACGCUUCAGUGUACCCCCGCAUUCCCGGUACUUUCACUGCUGUGUCUACCUACAUGGUGGCUGAGAAGGCUGCCGACAUCAUGCUCGCUGAGCUUGAGGAGUAA